UUUCAUUGUAUUGCCCUUUCCCGUUUGUGGGAGAAGAGCCAUGAAGAACCGUUCCUCAUCUCCCCCUUUGCACGUCCAUGUGGAUGAAAACACCCCUGUCCAUGUCCAUAUUAAAAAGGGUCAGAAAAUACCACCUGCAAAAUGCCAGCAAAAGCACAAACAGAAAACAAAAGGGGAUACUGUGAACAUGUGCCGAACCGUCCGGGUGAAAACCAAGGCCCCCUGGGUGCCCCCAGGCAAAGCAUCUCUCCGGGAGUCCACCAGCAAAUGGGAGGGACCAACUCACCACCUAGAAGGUGCACCCUCAGAUUCAGAAAAAAUGCUGUCAGUACUGCGCCUGAGUGACCUCUCUACAGAUGAGGAGGAUGCUAUUUACUGCAAAAUAAACGAAUAUGAGAAGAAGAUAGGUAGCCUGAUGAAUACAGUGGGAAUGCUGAAGAAUGAGGCCAAGCUGCAGAAACAGGAGGAACAGCAGCAAAGGACAAAGAUUCUCCUUGAGGAGCAGAAAGAAGAACUGAAUGAGGUCACACAAGAGCUGGCAGAAACAGAACACGAGAAUACACUGCUCAGGCGUAAUAUUGAGCGCAUAAAGGAGGAGAAAGAUCUGACUGUGCUACAGAAGAAGUACUUGCAGCAGGGGAAAGAGGGUUUGAUGUCCAAGCUGAGCGGGGCAGAAAGGGAUGGAGAAGCAGCAGCCAGGCAGAUCCAUGCUCUGAAAAAUACGAUUGGGAGACUCAACAUUGAGAAACACAUGACCAGCUCAGACCUUAACACACUGACAAGACAGAAAGAGCUUCUGCUCCAGAAAUUGAGCACCUUUGAAGAAACCAACCGGACGCUACGAGAACUUCUCAGAGAGCAGCACAAACGGGAGAAGGAUGCUCAGAAGAUACUGGAGCGGCAAGGAGUGCUGCUGAAAAUGCUGGAUGUCUCAGAUGCAGAGAAAGUGCAACUUCAGCAGAGGCUUCAGGAGAAAGAAAAAGAAGUGGACAAUCUUACUAUUCAGUUACAGGUGGAAAAGGACCAGGCAAAGGCAGCAGCUGAACUCUCCAAAUCUAUGGAGGCUGUGAGAGGCCAUUUACAAGGACAGCUGCGAAAUAAAGAAGCCGAGAACAACCGUCUGAGUACACAGAUACGGAAUCUGGAGCGCAGUGAAGUUCAGCAUAAGGCGGAGGUAGAACGUAUCUUGGAACAACUGAAAGAACUAAAGCAGAAGGCAGACCGUGAUAAAGAGGCCCUGAAGAAAGCCAUCCGUGCACAGAAAGAGCGAGCAGAGCGGAGUGAAGAGUAUGCAGAGCAACUGGCUGUCCAGCUAGCAGAAAAGGACAAUUAUGUUGCUGAGGCGCUGUGUACUCUGGAGACUUGGAGGAGUCGCUACAACAAAGUUGUAAAGGACAAGAGUGACCUCGAACUGGAAAUUGUUACACUGAACAGCCGUGUUGCAGACUUGGUGGAACAGCAGGCAACUGUGGAGGACAGGAUGCGGGGCGACAGAGAAGCUUUGACGAAUGAAUUGCAUCGACAGAGUUCAGAGACCACUUCUUUCAAAAUGGAGAAUGAAAGACUGAAGGUCAGUGAUUUGAGGGGUUUGAAGCUGAAAUGCUAG